GCGGGUAGUGGAGCCCGUUUGUUCCGCCCGCGUCGCGCCUCAAGCCGGAGCCUGUGAGGAGCGGAAGGGUCGAGGGACGACUUCCCCACGCCGCCCCGACCUCCGCGGAGCCGUGGCCCCCCCUCCCUGCUCUCGUAAGAACCGCGGGUCCUGAUGGACGUGGCCGAGAGCCCUGAGCGAGACCCUCGCUCUCCAGAGGGCGAAGAAGAGGAGCCGCAGGGGCUCUCGGACGACGACAUUCUGCGGGAAAGUGGGUCCGAUCAGGAUCUGGACGGAGCUGGGGGGGGGGCCUCCGACGUGGAGGGCGAGGAGCCUGCUGCCGAGGGACUGAGCCAGGAGGAGGAGAGUCGCUCCGACUCGGAGGCCCAGGAGCUCAGCAGGGGCCCGCCGAGCCCCCCACCCGCCGAGGGGCGCGGCGCCGAGGAGGACCGCAGCAGCGACCUGAGGGACGAGGCCUCGUCGGUCACCAGGGAGCUGGACGAGCAUGAGCUCGACUACGACGAGGAGGUCCCCGAGGAGCCGGCCCCCGCCGCGCAGGAGGACGACGAGGAGCGGGGUGAGGGGGCUCCCGGGGAGGAGGGGAAGGCCGGCGCCCACGCGGAGGAACCGGAGCCCCCGGAGGCCGCCAGGGAGAAGAAGAAGGAGGACGACGACGGGGAGAUCGACGACGGGGAGAUCGACGACGACGACCUGGAGGAGGGCGAAGUGAAGGACCCCAGUGACAGGAAGGUGAGGCCUCGUCCCACGUGCCGGUUCUUCAUGAAAGAUGUGCCACCACUGUCCACUCCUCCUCCACCAAUACCAAAUUCCAUACCAUUCAGAGGCCAGGUUAAAGGGCACUGCACCUGGGGCAUGAACUGCAGGUUUAUACACCCGGGCGUCAACGACAAGGGCAACUACUCCCUCAUCCCCAAGGCCGAGCCUUUCCCGCCCAACGGCGCCCCGCCUCUCGGACCUCACCCGCUGAUGCCGGCCAACCCCUGGGGUGGGCCAGUAGUUGAUGAAAUUUUGCCUCCACCCCCUCCAGAGCCCCCCACAGAGAGUGCCUGGGAACGAGGACUCCGGCACGCCAAGGAGGUUUUAAAAAAAGCAACCAUUCGAAAAGAACAGGAGCCUGAUUUUGAAGAGAAAAGGUUUACAGUGACCAUUGGUGAAGAUGAACGGGAGUUUGACAAAGAAAAUGAAGUUUUCCGGGAUUGGAAUUAUCGGAUCACGAGGGAUGUCAGAGAUGCCGCACUGGAGCCUUAUGCAGACCCUUACUACGACUACGAGAUAGAGCGGCUCUGGCGCGGCGGGCAGUACGAGAACUUCCGGGUGCAGUACACGGAGGCGGAGCCGUACCAUAACUACCGGGAGAGGGAGCGGGAACGCGAGCGAGAGAACAGACAGCGUGAGCGCGAGCGCGAGCGGGAGCGAGACCGGGAGCGGGAGCGCCGGCAGCGGGAGCGCGAGCGCGAGCGGGAGCGCGAGCGGGACAAGGAGCGGCAGCGGCGGAAGGAGGAGUGGGAGCGGGAGCGCGCCAAGCGGGACGAGAAGGACCGGCAGCACCGCGACCGCGAGCGGGACAAGGACCGCGACAAGGAGAAGGAGAAGCCCAAGGCCCGCUCCCCGCAGCCGCCAAGCCGUCAAGCUGAGCCACCAAAGAAGGAGGCGGCCUCUGCAGGGCCCCAGGUGAAGAGAGCCGACGAGUGGAAGGACCCCUGGCGCCGGUCCAAGUCUCCCAAGAAGAAACUCGGGGUGUCCGUCUCCCCCAGCCGGGCUCGGCGGCGUCGGAAAACAUCCGCCUCGUCAGCCUCUGCCUCCAACUCCUCCAGGUCGUCGUCUCGGUCGUCAUCCUACUCCGGCUCUGGCUCCUCCCGGUCCCGGUCCCGGUCCUCGUCCUACAGCUCCUACUCCAGCCGGUCUUCCAGACACAGCUCGUUCUCAGGCAGCCGGUCCAGGUCCCGGUCCUUCUCCUCGUCCCCAUCUGCGUCCCCGACGCCUUCCCCGCACAGGCCUCUCAGAACCAAGGGGGAGCCAGCUCCGCCUCCCACCAAGGCCGGAGAGAAGCUGGUAAAGAAGCCAGCCCUGCCACCAGCCCCACCGCAGGCCCCCAAAACCACGGCUCCAGCCCCUGAGCCCGCCAAGCCCGGAGACCCCCGGGAAGCUAGGAGGAGGGAGCGGCAGACCAGGACCCCCCCCAGGAGGCGGACAGGCAGCGGCAGCGGCAGCGGCAGCAGCUACAGUGGCUCCAGCUCCAGAUCCAGGUCCCUGAGUGUGAGCAGCGUGUCCUCGGUGUCCAGCGCCACGUCGAGCAGCAGCUCCGCGCACAGCGUGGACUCGGACGACAUGUACGCCGACCUGGCCAGCCCCGUGUCCUCCGCCAGCUCGCGGUCCCCCACCCCAGCCCAGACCAAGAAGGAGAAAGGAAAACCUAAGAAGGAAGAUGGUGCGAAAGCAGAGAAGCGGAAACGGGAUCCGUCCACACAGCCGCCCAGAGCCUCGAGGCCCUCUGCGGGCGGCAGGUCCUCCCAGCAGCCCACGCCCCCACAACAGGCGCCGCCCGGGCAGCCCCCGCAGGCCACGUUCGUCGCCCACAAGGAGAUCAAGUUGACACUGCUGAACAAGGCUGCCGAGAAAGGGAGCAGGAAGCGCUACGAGCCCUCGGACAAGGACAGGCAGAGUCCGCCCCCAGCCAAGCGGGCGAACCUCUCCCCAGACCGAGGUUCUCGGGACCGGAAGUCAGGUGGCAGACUCAGCUCCCCGAAGCCGGAGCGGCAGAGGGGCCAGAAUUCCAAGGCCCCCGGGGGCCCGACAGACAGGAAGCGCCCGCUGUCACCGCCGUCUAAGAGCUCCAGCAAGGUCACCAGCGUGCCCGGCAAAGCCUCGGACACCAGCAGCGCCGCCACCACGGCCGCCGGCAGCAAGUCAGGGAAGGCCAGCACGCUGUCGCGGCGCGAGGAGCUGCUGAAGCAGCUCAAGGCCGUGGAGGACGCCAUCGCCCGCAAGCGGGCCAAGAUCCCGGGGAAGGUGUAGCCCGGCACUGCCCGGGCGGGGACUCUCCUGUUUUUAUCUGUAGGGUAAGCGCAGCCAUUUUGGAUUUUGCAGUUCAUAUCUCACUUUGGCUGUGAUUCUUUUUAAAAAUGAAAAAAGAAAAAAAAAGUUUCUCAGCUGGAAAAGAAGCCACACGUGUAACGAAGAUGACGCUGAAUCCCAGACCGAACCAGCCCCUUCCUGGCGCAGAAGUCCCGCGAGGUGGGCGCCGGGCAGGCGGCCGCGCUCCAGGCCCGACGCCGAUUUUAUGUAAAUUAUGAGCCCCAGACGCCCAUCUUCCCCCCCUCCGGUCAGGCGGGGUCAGGCGUCCCCACCGCCACGCCGUGUCCUCAGCACCUGACCCCACUGUCGCCAGGAACACCACGUGCUGCCGAGCGUCCACCCCGCCCCCAGCGUUCCCGCCUCCCCAGGAUCAAAAAUAUAUAUAUUCUUGACUAAAGUCUGAUUGGGAAAUACUCCUAUCUUUUAUUUUAAGCAUCAAAUUGUUUUAGUUGAUUUAAAAAGGAAGAAAAAAACCCACAAAAGACCAAAAAAAGCAAGGCCGAGGGUAAGGUUGGGCGUCUGCAAGAUGUGGAGGGUCCUUUUUGAGGGUCUCCUCAAAUAAAAUAUUUUGAUAAGCA